CUGGCCGGCGGGGAGCCCGUGAGCCUGGGCUCCCUGCAGGGCAAGGUGCUGCUCAUUGAGAAUGUGGCCUCGCUCUGAGGCACAACGGUCCGGGACUACACCCAGAUGAACGAGCUGCAGAAGCGCCUUGGGCCCCGGGGCCUGGUCGUGCUUGGCUUCCCGUGCAACCAGUUCGGGCAUCAGGAGAACGCCAAGAACGAAGAGAUCCUGAAUUCCCUCAAGUAUGUCAGGCCUGGGGGCGGGUUCGAGCCCAACUUCACGCUCUUCGAGAAGUGCGAGGUGAACGGCGCGCAGGCGCACCCACUCUUCGUCUUCCUGCGGGAGGCUCUGCCCGCACCCAGUGACGACGCCACUGCGCUCAUGACCGACCCCAAGUUCAUCAUCUGGUCUCCGGUGUGCCGCAACGACAUCUCCUGGAACUUCGAGAAGUUCCUGGUGGGCCCGGACGGGGUGCCUGUGCGCAGGUACAGCCGCCGCUUUCCGACCAUUGACAUCGAGCCAGACAUCGAAGCCCUGCUGACCAAGGGGCCGGGCAGUGCCUAGGGCACCCCCGCCCCCAGCCCUCCUGCUUGGCAGUCACAGCGCUGCCCUCUGGGGGUUUUAUCCAUGACGGUGUUUCCUCUAAACCUGCAAGGAGGAAUGCCUGAUGUCCAGGAAAAUCCCCUAGAUGGGCCCUGUCCUGUCCAUCCCAGCUCCCCGUCCCACAAUGGCUUUCCACAAUAAACUGUCUGAUGUCAGCAUAA